AUGCGCCAGACUCUUCGACGGUCCUGCAGCGCAUGCGCCCGCGCAAAGAGUCGCUGUGACUUGCGCAAACCCCACUGCUCGCGUUGCGCCUCUCGCAAUAUAUCGUGCAUCUACGCCAACGAGCCUUCAUCUACCUCGUCUGGUCCGCACCAUCAUCAAAUAUCUGCCUUUGGCUCCGUCGAUCCCUUUGAGACGUAUCCUCAGUUGUACGCACUCGAAUAUUUCCCCUAUUGUGUCUCGCACAAAAUUCACGUGCUCACCGUCGGGGUAGUUCUUCACAAGAUUGCCUUCCAAUACUAUCCUCUUGAUCGCAAUCCGCACUCGAAUCCAUUUUUAGUAUCAUGGUGGCCCCUCGCCCUAGGAGACCCCGUCUUGUUCCACGUGUCGUUGCAAACGGCAUGUCUCGACGAAGAGUUCUUUGGCCAAAAGGGCUUCCAGACAUCGGAGCAGCUCAUGUCUGACUCUGUCGUGCUGCUUCGACGAAAAGUACAAGAUGUCUCGCUGGCGAUGCAAGACAGCACGAUAAACUCUGUCAUCACGCUUGCCACAAUAGAGUUCGAUACUCAAGAUGACCAAGGUAAUGGUGAUGGUGUCAGUCCGAUUCCAGAAUGGUCAAUACCUCAAACCGCCGACCCACCGGCUUUAUCUGAGGCAGACCUGGAUCCCGAGACCUGGAACGUCUUUUCGCGUCUAUAUGGCAUAUUUCAGCGAGCCAAACGCGCGCCCCUCCCUCUCCUCCGACUUCAUGCUCUCACCUGCUUUGUUGUGCAUCGACUUCUAACACCGACAGAGCCCCCCUUAGCUCUCUCCGACUGCGUUCGCUGCGCCAUGGUGCUCUAUAUGCUAAUUUUGCAAGGGCCGAUAUACUAUCCUCACGCGGCUAUAAUGCACAAAACAACAGCACAGCUCGUCACGCAGCUCCAAGAUUGCGCAAGGUUACGAGCCUCCAGCCCGCUGGAGCUGUGGCUUGUCGCCAUUGGCUUGGUGGCUUCGCAUGGCACGCCAUUCUACAAAUUACUGCAGGAAGAGGCGCGCGUACAAUCCACGUUUCUAGGGCUACAUUCAUGGAAUGAUACGUCUGUGCUCAUUAAGAGUGUCUUGUGGCUUGAAGCACCUCAGACGGAAAUGGUCUUCCAAAGUCACUGGGACAUGGCACUUGGCCAUGAUUGCCCACUGGUGACUUUUGGCUCAGUUCAGUCUGCACCAUUCAACGACGGUCAAGAGGCUAGCAUUGACUUCCAAACUGAAACACAGUAUCAAUGA